GCUGAGCCUUUGGCCAAACAAAGCAUCUUAAUAUCUUUCAUGGUCCUUCCAAUUGGCAAGGAAAAGGAUAAAGGAGAAAGAACAAAUAAACCAAGGUGAGAGAUGGUAUAUUAUCAUUGCACUUUUCAUUUUCUAUGCACGAAAAUCAAAAACAACAAACACAAUACUAAUGUCAACUAUAAAUAAUUUGUUUUGAUGUGCUUGAGUUUCCUCUGAUGUAUAAAAAGCUUGUGUUACAUAGGCCAUAUAGCUGCAACUACAGUUAGAGCGAUGACCACCUCAUCAAGUGCCCCAAACAUGGAAGAAGAGAAGGGACUAGAAAUAACUGAAAGAGAACCGGACUUGGAAGAUCAGCUACCAGCUGCUGAAAUUCAGUCUCAGCCAUGGACAGAACAGAUAACUCUAAGAGGAGUGUUGGUUAGCAUGAUGAUUGGAAUCAUAUAUAGCAUAAUAGUGAUGAAACUCAACCUCACAACUGGAAUGGUUCCAAACUUGAAUGUAUCUGCUGCACUACUUGCCUUUGUGUUUGUCCGAAGCUGGACCAAAGUGCUCCACAAGGCUGGCUUUGUAUGCAAGCCUUUCACCCGCCAGGAAAACACCAUCAUACAGACUUGUGCUGUUGCAUGCUACAGCAUUGCUGUUGGAGGAGGAUUUGCUUCCUAUUUGUUGGGAUUAAAUAGUAAGACUUAUGAGUUGUCUGGAGUGGGAAACGAGGGUAACAGUCCAAGUGCUGUUAAAGAACCUGGAUUUGGUUGGAUGACUGGCUUCCUUUUUGUGGUUUGCUUUGUUGGACUCUUUGUUUUGAUUCCACUCAGAAAGAUCAUGAUAGUUGACCUCAAAUUAACUUAUCCCAGUGGCUUGGCAACAGCGGUUCUCAUCAAUGGUUUCCAUACCCAGGGUGAUAAAAUGGCCAAGAAGCAAGUACAUGGGUUCAUGAAGUAUUUUUCUAUCAGUUUCUUGUGGGGUUUAUUUAAGUGGUUCUUUUCAGGGAUAGAGGACUGUGGAUUCGAACAGUUCCCUACCUUUGGAUUGCAAGCUUGGAAGCAAACAUUCUACUUUGAUUUUAGUAUGACUUUUGUGGGAGCAGGAAUGAUUUGCUCCCACCUUGUGAACUUGUCUUUGCUCCUUGGAGCCGUGAUCUCUUUUGGGCUCAUGUUUCCGCUUAUUGAUCGGCUUAGAGGAGAUUGGUUCCCUGACAAUUUAGAAGAAAGUAACAUGAAGGGUUUAUAUGGUUAUAAGGUUUUUAUAUCAAUUGCUCUAAUCCUGGGUGAUGGCAUAUAUAAUUUCACCAAGAUUCUAGUUUCCACAGUCCUCAACGUCCUUGACAGAACGAAGAGCAAGAAUCAUAAAAAUGCAGUAGCUGCUGAUCGGCAGGGGAAUCCCACUAGAGACCUGAAACAAACCGAAACAUUUCUCAAGGAGAACAUUCCCAUGUGGAUUGGAAUCAUCGGAUACGUUGCUUUCACAAUCAUUUCCAUAAUUACAAUACCACACAUGUUUCCUCAGCUGAAAUGGUACUACAUCGUGGUUGCUUAUAUAUUUGCUCCUUCCCUGGCAUUCUGCAAUGCUUAUGGAGCAGGUCUCACUGAUAUAAACAUGGCAUAUAAUUAUGGGAAAGUUGCACUCUUUACGCUGGCAGCUAUUACAGGAAAAGAAAAUGGUGUGGUGGCAGGACUUGUGGGUUGUGGUCUCAUUAAAUCCGUGGUCUCAGUGUCUUGCAUUCUGAUGCAAGAUUUCAAAACAGCUCAUUACACAUCUACCUCUCCCAGAGCAAUGUUCAUAUGCCAAGUAAUCGGCAUUGCAAUGGGCUGUGUAACAGCUCCUCUGAGCUUCUUCCUAUACUACAAGGCAUUUGAUGUGGGAAACCCACAUGGAGAAUUCAAAGCUCCUUAUGCACUAAUUUAUAGAAAUAUGGCAAUUAUAGGUGUUCAAGGUUUCUCAGCAUUACCCGACCAUUGCUUGCAGCUUUGCUUCGGGUUCUUUGCUUUUGCCAUAGGAGUAAACAUGGUGAGAGAUUUUUCACCCCAAAAGAUUGGGAAAUGGAUGCCAUUACCAAUGGUUAUGGCUGUACCAUUUCUGGUGGGGGCAUACUUUGCAAUUGAUAUGUGCAUGGGUAGUCUGAUUGUGUUCGUGUGGCACAAGCUCAACUCCAAGAAGGCAGAGUUGAUGGUUCCAGCAGCUGCCUCUGGACUAAUUUGUGGGGAAGGACUAUGGAUUCUUCCUGCAGCGAUUCUAGCUCUGGCAAAAAUUAAUCCUCCUAUCUGCAUGAAAUUCCUUGCUUCCUAGAACUUGCGGACCGCAUAAAGCAUUUGAAUGCCUCGAGUUUUCUAAUGCUAUAGGAAUUUGAAAGAGAACCCUUCUUGUUUUUUUGGUAAACGCUACUAUCCCCCACACACAGUUGGCACUGAAACAGUUUGUAACAUCAAAAUUUUCUCUCAAAAAUAAGGUAUGUUUUUCUACUGCAGCUAUUGCAGGUACAUCCCCCCGCCCCAACAAAAUUAAUAACGAAACCCCUCCCGUGUUGAG